GUGAAGUCUGGGACCCAUUUGCUGGCCAUGGUGCCAGCGCCCGUCUUCGAAUCGCCGGAGAGUUGGAGGAUCAUUGGCCAGGUCCCCACGGGCGUUCGCGUCAUCGCCAUGGACCUGCCACGGGUGGUGGAGGGCUACCUAAUGGUUCCCAUCGUGCCGAGCGGUGCCGUGGAACUCACACUCUUCCGGGAGCCGGAGAGGCCCAUGCCGGAGGUCCAGCUUCCCGAUGCGGAUGCAUUGAAGGCGGCCAUCGAUGGUCUACAGAGGCCCGCUGGGGCCUGGCGUCGGCUCUGCAGACGUGCGCGGAGCAAGGUGGAGAUGACACUCACCGGCGGCUCCAGCGCGGGGAAAAAAGGGCGCUGUACUAACGGCAGAUGGGGGCGCGGAUGUGGUGUUCAACAGCGCGAAGAAACAGAGAGGAAUCAGAGCGCGCUGAUCACCAGAGUCGAGUGA